AUGUCAAGGUUCCUCCCUGGUGCUGAAAACAUGACUUUUGCACCAACUAGCUUCGGGAAAAGAGUUUAUAGUCACCUAAAUGAUGUUGAUGUUUUAUCAAACACUGUCACCAAUGUCUUGAAGUCGGUGAUAGAAACCAUUAACGGUUUUGGAGCGAGUGAUGGUUUGAGUGAGUUCAUUGCCAAGUGUUAUACAAGGAGAGCCUACAUAUCAGGUUUUACUGGUAGUGCUGGAACUGCUGUGGUUACCAAGGACAAAGCUGCUCUCUGGACAGAUGGCAGAUAUUUUCUCCAGGCGGAGAAGCAGCUGAACUCAAAUUGGAUUCUCAUGCGAGCAGGAAAUCCAGGAGUCCCAACUGCAAGUGAAUGGCUCAAUGAGGUUUUGGCUCCGGGUUGCAGAGUUGGCAUUGAUCCCGUGAGUUUUCUAAAAUCAAAACAAACUGAAUUCCCUUCCAUAUUGUUAAGGAGGCAGUUUCUUUUUACUUCGGAUGCUGCAGAGGAGCUUAAGGGGGUUAUCUCUAAGAAAGACCAUGAGCUUGUUUACUUGUACAAUUCAAAUCUUGUGGAUGAAAUCUGGAAAGAAUCUAGGCCCAAACCUCCUAAUAAUCCAGUUAGAGUGCAUGACUUAAAGUAUGCUGGUUUAGAUGUUGCAUCGAAAUUGUCAUCUUUGAGGUCAGAACUUGUCAAUGCUGGCUCUUCUGCAAUUGUCAUCUCCAUGCUUGAUGAAAUUGCAUGGUUGUUGAACUUGAGAGGCAGUGAUAUUGCACAUUCACCGGUUGUGUAUGCAUACUUGAUUGUGGAGAUUGAUGGAGCAAAAUUAUUUGUAGAUGAUUCCAAAGUUACUGAAGAGGUGAGGGAUCACUUGAAAAAAGCUGAAAUACAGAUUAGGCCAUACAAUUCAAUUAUAUCUGAAAUUGAAAGGUUGGCAGCACAAGGUGCUGCUCUUUGGUUGGAUACUUCAUCUGUUAAUGCUGCUAUUGUAAAUGCCUAUGGAGCUGCCUGCGACAGAUAUUAUCAGAACCGGGAGAGUAAGCACAAAACCAGGACUAAUGGUUUUGAUGCAUCUAAUGAAUGCUCCAGUGUACCCUUUGCUAUCCAUAAAGUCUCUCCUGUUUCUCUUUUGAAGGCCAUAAAAAAUGAAUCAGAGUUAGAAGGGAUGCGAAAUUGUCAUUUAAGGGAUGCUGCUGCCCUUGCUCAGUUCUGGGAUUGGUUAGAAACCGAAAUUACAAAGGAUAGAACAUUGACAGAAGUAGAGGUUUCAGAUAAACUUCUUGACUUUCGCUCAAAGCAAGCUGGUUUCCUGGAUACUAGCUUUGACACAAUAAGUGGUUCUGGUCCAAAUGGUGCUAUCAUACACUACAAACCAGAACCGGAGAGCUGUAGUUUUGUGGAUGCCAAGAAAUUGUUCCUAUUGGAUAGUGGUGCUCAAUAUGUUGAUGGCACAACUGACAUAACUCGGACAGUUCAUUUUGGCAAGCCUACAGCAAGAGAGAAAGAAUGCUUUACUCGAGUCUUGCAGGGCCAUAUAGCUCUUGAUCAGUCAGUCUUCCCAGAAAAUACCCCUGGUUUUGUGUUGGAUGCUUUUGCCCGUUCCUUUCUUUGGAAAGUUGGACUUGACUACAGGCAUGGGACUGGGCAUGGUGUUGGAGCUGCAUUAAAUGUUCAUGAAGGCCCUCAAAGUAUUAGUCACCGUUUUGGAAAUUUGACCCCUCUAGUGAAGGGCAUGAUAGUUAGCAAUGAGCCUGGCUAUUAUGAAGACCAUGCCUUUGGUAUUCGGAUUGAGAAUCUCCUGUAUGUAAGAAAUGUUGAGACACCAAAUCGUUUUGGGGGAAUCGAAUACCUGGGAUUUGAAAAACUUACAUAUGUACCCAUUCAGAUUAAAUUGGUUGAUUUGUCUCUGCUAUCGGCUGCUGAGAUUGAUUGGCUUAACAACUAUCACUCACUAGUCUGGGAAAAGGUUUCACCAUUGUUGGAUGGAUCUGCUCACCAAUGGCUUUGGAACAACACUCGGCCUAUCAUCCAUCAGAGAAUUUAA